GCGGCGGUGUUUGAACUUGACGCUAGCUGUUUGCCCGUCAUCUCAACCGAUCUGAACACCAUUUCCUCGCGCUUUUCUUACUAAAAAGCAACCAAAAUCACCCAAAAUGUCAUGGCGUUCACCUACCGAUGGCUUUGCGCCAAGCAAAGCGUCGCAGCAAGUGGUAGAGGACAAUGUUCGCGUUAUGGAUAAGACGUGGGAGAAUAUCCAAAAGAAAACUUUCACAAAUUGGAUAAACAAUCAGCUGAAGCAAAAGGACGUUGCACCACUCGAGAACCUUGACACAGACUUGUGCACCGGCGAGAAACUCAUUCAGCUCUUAGAAAUCAUUGGCGAUGAAUCGCUGGGAAGAUACAACAAGAAUCCGAAGCUCCGCAUCCAGAAGGUUGAGAACAUGAACAAGGCACUGGAGUUUAUCCGGAGGCGUGGAGUCAAUCUCACUAAUAUUGGAGCUGAGGACAUUGUUGAUGCCAACGUAAAGCUCAUUCUCGGUCUUAUUUGGACUAUCAUUCUUCGAUUUACCAUUUCGGAAAUCAGUGAAGAGGGGCUUUCCGCGAAAGAAGGUCUUCUUUUAUGGUGUCAACGAAGGACCGCACCCUAUGCAUCCGAUUUCCAUAUCAAAGAUUUCACCUUCAGCUGGCAGGACGGUCUUGCAUUGUGCGGUUUGAUCCACCGCCACCGUCCAGAUCUGCUUGACUAUUGGGCGCUUGACAAAAGCCGAAGGCACGAAAACACGCAAUUGGCAUUCGAUGUCGCCGAACAGCAACUUGGCAUUCCCAAGCUCUUCGAGGUCGAGGAUAUCGUAGAUGUAGCCAAGCCCGAUGAGCGCUCUGUGAUGACAUAUGUUGCUCAGUACUUCCACGCUUUUUCGGCUCAAGAUAAAAUGGGCGUUGCUGGCCGACGUGUUGGACAGAUGGGAGUGGUUAUGCAACAAGCCUGGGAAAUGCAAAACGAGUAUGAACGUCGCGUCCGCGCUUUGAUGGACGCCAUCAACGGCAUUCAAUCCAUUUGGGGAAGCACUGGCUUUGCUGGAUACAGCGACGCAAGGCGACAGCUGCAUGAGUUUGAAACGUACAAAAGUACUACCAAGAGAGGCUGGGUGGCGGAGAGGCGUGAAUUGGACAGUCUUCUCGGAAACAUUCAAACUAAGUUGAAAACAUAUAACUUACGACCGUACUCGCCACCCCAAGGACACACCUUGCAGGAUCUAGCUACCUGCUGGGACUCCCUCGUUGAGGUCGAAGCGGGGCGAAAGCGAGCGAUCACUGUCUACAUUCGAGACACAAAGGAUGCCCUCAAAAAGAAGUUCGCCAAUGCUGCCAACCAAUUCCAAAACAAUCUGAACAACAUUUCCGGAUCGCUGACGGAUUUGGAGGGUGAUCUCAGCAACCAAUUGGACACUGUACAUGAAUUAAUUCUCAGACUGGAGCCGUUGAAGAACGACCUGCAGGAUCUUGAACGUUUGAACGCGGAAUGCAUGGAGGCGCACAUUGAAGACAAUGAGUUCACGAUCUACUCGGUUGAAGACCUGUCCUUUGAUUUCGGCCUUCUCACUCAAUCUGUGGUCAAAAAGUCUGCAUUCAUCGAAAACCAAAUGGUCGCGAGAACCAAAACAAACAUCACCCCUGAGCAGCUGGAAGAAUUUACAGAGACCUUCCGCUUGUGUGAUGUGGAUAACUCCAAUUCCUUGAAACGUGAAGAAUUCAAGUCUGCACUGCAAGCAGAGGGUACAGAUUUCGACGACACGACGUUUGAGAAUCUCUUCCAGACCGCCGUACGCGGUGGCGAGGAAGUUUCUUUUGAGCAGUUUAUCGAUUUCAUGAAAGCUCAACAAGAAGAUCGCGCCAAUCCUGAGCAACUCAAGGUCUCGUUCCAGACCCUUGCGGGUGACAAGCCGUACAUUACCGAGGCCGAUCUCUACCGUGGCGGUCUUGCGCCUGCCCUCGUCGAGUACCUCAAGCAAGCCAUGCCAGCCCGCGGCGAAGGAUAUGAUUACGCGCAGUUUGUGGAUGGUGUUUUUGUCUAGUUGUACGCGCACGCACAUGGCAGGUUGCGUACAUUGCAUGAGAAAGGGAUAUAGGUUGACCGUGUUACUAGGAUCCAAUUAUAUUGUUUUUCCAAAGUUCAUCGUAAUUUGUUGAUGAUAGUAAAUAGGUUGGCGUUGUCUAUUGGCCAUCCA